UAUACACACUCUUUCUGUCUCUGUCUCUCUCUCGAACAGCUUCUUCCAUCACCGGUCGACGUGGAAACCCAAUCAUCAGACCUGUUUCAUUCGCCAUCGUCGUCGCCAACCUGUGAACGCAACCUUUCCUCCCUAUAAAUACUCGACAAUAAUCCCGUAAUAAUACCACGAGAGACAGUUUUUUUCUUAACACCAUUACCGCUCUUUUCGCCGAAAAGAAUGGUCCAAAAUAAGCUCACCACCACCACCAAGCUCUCACUCUCACAUGCCGCCGCCGCCGCUGUGAAAACCACGCUCUCGCUUCUCCUCCUCCUCCUCCUCUUCGCUCCCACUUCGUGGGCUCGCGCCCCGUUUGCAUGCGACCCGCGGAACGGGCUGACCCGUGGCCUGAGGUUCUGCAGGGCAGGCCUGCCGAUCCAUGUGCGGGUGCGGGAUCUCCUCGGGCGGCUGACGCUGCAGGAGAAGAUCCGGCUGCUCGUCAACAAUGCGGCCGCCGUGCCAAGGCUGGGCAUCCAGGGGUACGAGUGGUGGUCCGAGGCGCUCCACGGGGUCUCCAACGUCGGGCCUGGGACCAAGUUCGGCGGCGCCUUCCCCGGGGCCACCAGCUUCCCCCAGGUCAUCACAACCGCCGCGUCGUUCAACGCCACGCUCUGGGAGGAGAUCGGACGGGUGGUGUCGGAUGAGGCGAGGGCCAUGUACAAUGGAGGGACAGCGGGGCUGACGUAUUGGAGCCCGAACGUGAACGUGUUCCGAGACCCUAGGUGGGGGCGGGGCCAGGAGACGCCGGGCGAGGAUCCCGUGAUGGCUGGGAAGUACGCGGCGAGCUACGUCCGGGGGCUUCAAGGCAACGUCGGCAACAGGUUGAAGGUCGCGGCGUGCUGCAAGCAUUACACCGCCUACGAUCUCGACAACUGGAACGGCGUGGAUCGAUACCAUUUCAAUGCCCGGGUGAGCAAGCAAGAUUUGGAGGACACGUACGACGUGCCGUUCAAGGCCUGUGUGGUGGACGGGAAGGUGGCGAGCGUGAUGUGCUCGUACAACCAAGUCAACGGCGUCCCCACGUGCGCUGACCCGAACCUCCUCAAGAACACCAUCCGCGGUCAGUGGCGUCUCAACGGGUACAUCGUCUCGGACUGCGACUCGGUCGGGGUGCUGUACGAAAGUCAACACUACACCGCCACGCCGGAAGACGCGGCUGCCGACACCAUCAAAGCAGGCUUGGACUUGGACUGCGGGCCCUUCUUGGCGGUCCACACGGAGGAGGCCAUAAGGGGAGGGAAGCUCGCGGAGGCCGACGUGGACCUGGCCCUGGCGAACACGGUCACGGUGCAGAUGAGGCUGGGCAUGUUCGACGGCGAGCCGUCGGCGCAGCCGUACGGGAACCUCGGGCCGCGGGAUGUGUGCACUCCGGCCCACCAGCAGCUAGCCCUCGAGGCCGCGCGCCAGGGCGUCGUGCUGCUCAAGAACCAGGGGCAGGCUUUGCCGCUCUCUACUAGGCGUCACCGCACCGUCGCGGUCAUCGGACCGAAUUCGGAUGUUACUGUGACGAUGAUUGGGAAUUACGCAGGCGUUGCAUGCGGCUACACCACUCCCUUGCAAGGAAUAGGGAGGUACACCAGGACGGUCCACCAACAAGGAUGCGCUGGCGUCGCGUGCAACUCGAACCAGCUUUUUGGGGCGGCCGAGACCGCGGCUCGGCAAGCCGACGCCACCGUCCUAGUCAUGGGGCUAGACCAGUCCAUUGAAGCAGAGUUCAGAGACAGAGCCGGAUUGCUCUUGCCAGGACACCAGCAGGAGCUCGUGUCAAGGGUGGCCAUGGCCUCCAGGGGCCCAACCAUUUUGGUCCUGAUGAGCGGCGGGCCUAUCGACGUGUCCUUCGCGAAGAACGAUCCGCGGAUCGCCGCCAUAUUGUGGGCCGGGUAUCCGGGUCAAGCCGGUGGGCAAGCCAUAGCUGAUGUCCUGUUCGGAACAGUUAACCCAGGAGGAAGGCUUCCUAUGACUUGGUACCCACAGGAAUAUGUUGCCAAGAUUCCUAUGACAAACAUGAACAUGAGGGCGAACCUGGCGAGUGGCUAUCCCGGACGGACCUACCGCUUCUACAAAGGCCCGGUCGUGUAUCCCUUCGGGUACGGCAUGUCCUACACCACUUACAGGCACUCGCUAGUCGAGGCACCAACCCAGGUCUCGAUGCCGCUGGCGAGCCUCGGCGCCGUCACCGUCGCCCGAAACUCCUCCUCGCUAAGCACCGGGAUCAAAGCCGCGCACGUGAAUUGCGACGCGGCCUCACUGGAGAUCCAUGUUGACGUGAAGAACACCGGCUCGAUGGACGGGAUGCACACCCUCCUCGUGUUCUCGGAGCCACCGGAGGGGAAAUGGUCUCCGGCCAAGCAGCUGAUCGGAUUUGAGAAGGUCCACGUGCCGGCCGGGUCACAGCGGCGGGUCAGGUUCGACAUCCGCGUGUGCGAGCACUUGAGCGUGGUCGACGAGUUCGGGAUCCGAAGGAUCCCGAUCGGCGAGCACAAGCUUCGCAUCGGCGAUCUCGAACAUUCCAUGACCCUCCAAGCAAAUUUGGAGUGAAAUAAGAACACAACCAAGUCUGAAGGGGCAAAGGUAUAGGUAGGUGUAAUUGAAAGGAAUAAUCGCAUUUGUUGCCUUGUUUUUUUCUAAUUUUUAGAAACAAAGAAAACAUUAUUGUGAAAUAAGCAUACGUAUCGAGUCCAGACCCAUUCAAGCUGCGCAAAAGAGCAAUUUGAUUGGGGAAAAUGUAAGUAAUUGGUCACAAUCAAAGGCGGUGGAAUAGGCUUGGAGUUUGAACUA